AACUAAUAUAAUGGUGACUUGGGAGUUGAACCUCUUCCUUUCCAGACCACAUUUCCUUCUUCGUUCUUGCAGAGGUUAUGACAUGAAUGCUGAUUCCGCCUAGCAUUUAGGGGAAAGUAGAAAUCCCUCCCUAUUUCACUGUACACAAAUGCUUUGCAAAAUAAGCAUAUUUAAUAUCCUUUCAGAUCAGUUUGACUGUUGAGAUUUUCCUAAACGUUGCAAAAGAGCUCCACUGAUGAGAGAAAGGUAAGACAUUGUUGUGUGAAAAGAUCAAAUACGAAAUCACUUUUAAAACCCAACAGUGCUAGGACAAUCUUUAUACCUCACAAAGCAGCAGAGCAGUGGAGGAGGAGCUUUGUUUGCUUUGAAGUUCUCCAUAAAAAUUAAUAGGGAUUUAUAUGUGUUAAUAUUUCAUUAUAAUUUAUACUUGAUUCACAUUACAGUAGGUUUUAGUCUGGAAACCUUUUGAAGACACAGCAUUGAAAAAUCUGAAAUUCAUGUGAGUGAAAUAACGCAUCUUAAUGGCUUUAGGCUGGGCAAAAUUAGACACAUGUGAGCAAGAUUAAUGGAAUCCUCCCAUCAGGAUAAUGUUUUGCAUGCCUCUAAACAUCUGUCCUACAAAGCCACAGCUGUGAAAGCUGCUCCUGUUGUAAAUUAGUACCUGCUCUUGAAGAUACUGCUCAUCCUGGGAGAGUAUUGUUUCACCAGGGGCAAGGAAGGGAAGAGCACAGAGUGAAGCUGAGUCAGUAGGGCAUCCAUACCACCAAUGGCAUGGUAGUGAUCUUGUAAGCACAACUUACCUCAGCGGACAGGAAUGAAUUAGGUAGAAACUUUUUCAAGGGCAUUGUCAAAUCACAGAAGUGCUUUUCAUCUGCGGAGUCAGUGUUGCUUAUAUUUUCUUCCUGUCUGUAUUGCUUCUUUAUAUACAGAUUUACUUUGCAUAUUUGUGCAGGGGAAAAGCUUCCAGUCAACAUAAGCAAAAGCAGAAGAAUAGUCCUGUAACUUCUUAAAACAGAAAGCAUUGUCUGCUGCAAUGUGCUAAGAGGAAAAGGGACCUCCUCACCUGUCACUUACACUAUCCAUAAUUCACAUCAUGAUGUGACAUGGCAUUAGUACUUCACUGCUUUCCACUAUCAGCAUAAAAACUUGUAUUUUGAAUGGUGGUUUGGCAAGUUAGAUUAAGGAACCAAAAUGAAGGAAAAAUACUGCCUCACCAGUGGCGCUUCAUUUAGAAAAUACACAUUUGUCAAGAGGGUCUACACAACCUGGGAGAAGGUGAAGGGAACUGUCCCCACUACAGUUCUGGGAGACUUAAAUCUGCUUAAAGCAAUCACAAAACCAGUGUCACCUGAAGGGACCCAUGUAGAAUUCCAGUGAAAAUGUCUCUUCAUUUUAUUUUCCAGUACAAGAACUGAGGGCAUCAGAUGAAGUCAGUAGAAAUCAGGUCUGAAAAAAGAGGAGGGGUUUACAUGAGCUGUGUAACACUUGCCACAGGAUGCUGCAGAGUAAAAGCCUAUAGACAUUCAAGUGGAAAAGUUUGAGGGACAGAAAUCCAUUCAGGGUUAGCAAAUACUUAGAAACUCCAUCCAGAUCAGUAAGCUCAUAAACUGCAGCUGGAAGCUGGGAGAGUGUUAUUAUUAUUAUAUACACAAAUAUAAUUCAUGCUUGUGUGUUCUUACAUUCUGCAGGCAUUCACUUUCAGCCACAGUCAAGCACAAGACAGUGGGCUUGGUGAACCUUGGGUAAGGCCCAGGACCAGUGUUCUCAUGGUGUUUAUUUUGGACUCACCCUCAAGCUGUGCUGUCCCCUCUUUCCUGGUAGCUUAUUAUUAGAACUGGGUCACAUGAGGCAUUUGGGACUGCGUCUCGGUUGCACUGACUGACAUUUCUUUCACAGGGAAAGCUCUGUGCUGGCAGGAACAGCACCAUAGCUUAUGUGAGGACGGGAGUAGCAUUUUUUUGCAUAAGAUUCACUUAAAGCAGAAGGUUCAUUUUUCUGGCUGUUCCCCAUGGCAUCAGGGACCUAGUGCUGAGCUAAUCCAGGGAGGCGUCAAGGCGCGAGCUGUAUUUAGAGCCAGCCACCUGCUUGGGAACAUCAAGCGGCAGAAAGAGCCUGCUUCAGCAAAACCCUCCCCUGUGCAUCCCACAGCAGCGGCUUCCAGCAGGCCCUCCCUCCUCUGCCUGACUCUGCAUGAGGCCUGCAAAGGGGCCAGCACCUGAAGACAGACCCUGUCAGCCCAGGAAUGCUCUGAGCCUGGCACUCCCUCUGCCCAGGAACUGCCAGAUAUUUUGGACAGCUGCAAGGUGGAAUUAAAUCACGUGGGUGAAGAGUGGCCUAAUCUCUACAUAGGCAAUAUGUAAGUGUUAUUUGAGGCUGAGCUGUUCUGAAGGGCUGGGGAAUACAGUACUCAUUAACAUAUGCUGUCCAACUUUAUAUAAUUAGUAUUGGUAAACUUCAUUGCCUUAAAAUAGACAAGAUUAGCCCAGAAGAAAGCAAAAGGACUAUCCAUUAAUGAAAGAACCUACUGCACAGAAAAACAAUUAAAAAGAGAAUAAUACUCUCUUUAUUGCUUUGUAUUAAUUUAUAAUUGUGCAACAUACAGAUUUUAUAAAUGCUACAGCAUUUACCAUACAAAGCACAAGACAGGCUCAUGAUCCUGAGCAGCCUUAAAAUUGAACAAUAAUUGGUUUUUACCUUUAUUGGUGUAAUUUUAACUAGAAUGGAAAUUAUCACAUUAAAAAGUAUUCUGAUUUUGGCUGUUUAUAUGACAACUUGAUUUGCAUUUGAAAUUUUGACAAAUCUAUGGAUAUUCUGAAUGACAGCAGACUUCACUAUUUCUGAAAACUGUGCAGAUGGGUAUUUCACUCUGAAGCAUAGAGAAAGCAUGCAGUCAUCUUCACUCAACAUGCCUAGUGCCCAGUGUUAUGCCAAAACAAGGGUUUUUUCACCAUCAUCAGGUUGCAAACUUGUUGAAAUAUCUAGAAAUUACAAUAACCCCUACAGGAGAGAAGCAGGGGAUACUAAAAACCCUCCUGGUUGCCCGCUGAUUACAGCUACAGUGGCCAUUCUUUUAGCUAUGAAACAGCAAAGCCAAAAAAUGAGCUAGGUGACAUUGGGGAAAUAAUCUGCAUUUACAAACCUUGGUUUUACAGAUUGCCGCCUGCUUCCUGAUGCCCCUGCACUUGCAGGCAGGAGCGUGGCAGCCGGCAGGUGGCCCUGUGCCCUGCGGGGGGGGAAAGCCAGCAGCACAGGGCCCUGGUCGGAGCCUGGCUGUGCUAAGGCAGAAGCCACAACGAUGUGCAGCGCUUCGCUGAGCUCCUGCCUUGGCCAGGAGAGCGGGAAACCGACCCUUGCCUUUCCGGUUAAACCUUUUAACUACACUUGGAAAUGAACUCUUUUACUUAUUAGAACCAUGUACAGAAAUAAGGAUUUGUAGAAUUGAGCCUGACAGGUAGUGCAGGCAAAGAUUUAAGACAAACAUCACUGAAAUUGUGUUCUCUUAACAGCAACAUUUGAUUUUAGACAGCCUUUUAUGUGCAGUUUCAAGACCUCCUUUUAAUGCCUGUGAAUAUACAUGUUGCAAACUACUCCUGAAUGUUUCUUUCAAUCACAUUCUGUCUUGCAGGGGGAAAGAAAUGGUAGAGAAUAAAAUGAAAAAAAUAUAUAGAUAACAACAGUGUGUAUGUGUAGUAAGGAAAAGAUGAACUUUGAGAACAUUCAGCUAACAGAAAUAAAAAUGUAAACAGGUUUCAUUGUUCAUGGACCAGCUGGUCACUAAUAUCAGCUUAAAUACAAGCUACGGACUGCAAAGAGUGAAACUGAUCAAGGUGAAGUUGAUCAAUUACUACAGAUGGAAUUUUCUUUAUUGUGCCAACAUCAAUAAGACAAAUAGGAACAACACCUGAGAAUAAGAUUUCAUGGGCUUUUCAUAAGAUAGAAACGAAGAAUGGAGAGUGAGUAUGUGCAUUUAGGGCCCAACCCAGUACUCAGUGAAGUUAAUAAACAGUGAAUGUUUCUGUUACUGAGCAAAUCCAUGCCAGUCUCAGGACUUGUGCCAGAGCUAAAAUAACCCAGAGCAGUACCAUAUAUUGUCACUUCUUGUUUCUGUGGAACCAUUUAUGUGCAGUUUCUUGGAAAUCAAAGAUAAAUCUAGAAUUAAUGCUGUAUUUUAUACGAAAUAUUUCUCUGGAUGACUUUAUCAGAAAUCUGAUGUUCAGCAUCUUUAAACAAGUUAAAUAUAUCAUAAAAUAAAGUAGGGAUGGCUGACUUAACAUGAUGACUUUCAUCCUGGAGGACUUUGAAGUUGUCAACAAACUGAUUAUUAAAUAUUUGUCUGGCUAUCAGCCAUUGCUGAUAUACAAGGCCAAGGCCAAGACCCUUUGGGUUUAAAGGUACAAUGUUUUCCAAAGUGCUAUAUAAUAAGCAGCUGACACAACAUGUAAAAUAUCCUGCAGAAGUCAAACUUCAUGCUGAUUUUAAGCAGGCAGGUUUAUUAACUGCAGUUUAACUGGAUCAGCAAGGCUAAUAUCACUUCAGCAAAGAAACAUUGUACAGUUACAAGCUAUGCUAAAACCUCAGUGUGUUCAACAUACAUAUUUCAAAUCAUUAUAGAAGGACCUGAGCUACCUCCUGAAGUGAAUUUUUUGCAGGGUGUUUGGGCCAGCAGUCCUCAAUGUGAUUGUAGCAAACUGAAGUCAGUAAAACUUGUUAACAAAACUUAUUUCUCUUCAGAAGAGAAAUAUCUUGGAAUUCUGCAUUUCCAGAUAUGAGUAUAUGCAGAAAUUGCAACCUUUUACCAUUCUUCUACUGCCUUACUUUUUCUUACACUUCUCAAAGGGGAAAAAAUGUCUCAGAGUGUAGUGGGCACUGGGCUUUACAGACAGGAAUACAUUACAAGGCAACAAGAUAACUUGAGCUACUUGUAAUCAUGAGCUUUCAUAGUGGACACAAUGGAUUUUGACCUUGUUGCAGAUUUCUAUAUAUUCUGUGUGCAUUAAAAAGGGCAAAUGGCGAGUCCCUGUCCCAGUGGUGAACUGCUGCUCUUACACAGCACUUGCAUUAAGCAAUCACAAAUUACUUUAGCAGCAUUAACUAAAUGUCACUCAACCACUCAGGUAAGCCUAAUUAUCCACUUACAGACAUUGUCUUCAUUGGCACGUGGGAAAACAGCAGGAUCCUGAGAGAUUAGGAGUGACCAACAAAACCAUAUCCACAUCAGUGGCAAGGAUCACACAUGGUGUACUAGCAAUCAUCAAAAUGUAUCUUCUGUCACAGGAGAGAAAAAAGAAAAACAAUUAUAAAAUGGAAGACAGUUUUGAGCGCUCAGUCAGAAAUCACAAUUUUUUUUCAGUUUUUCCGUAUUGAUUUGUCAGAAUAGACAAAAAAAUAACUAAAAAUAGUUACUUUCUCAUUUGAGAAAUAGCCAAAAGCUGCAAAGAGCUAUUGCAGAGACAUGCCAGUUGGCCAUUUACAAAGCCUCAUGCCAUGUGUUUUCCUCUGUUUCUGGACUCAGAUCUCUAGUAACAAAAAGCAGUUCUUGAUUUAUGAAAGAGCUGUAUGUAAUACCCUGGAGGCUACUUUAUCUCAGCUGCUGUAAAUUGGAUCUCUCAGAGAUGAGAUGAGAUGCAAGUGAGGCAGAAGUACAGACUUAUGCAAUCUGUGACCAUAGCACUAUUCCAUGCAGCCUGGAACAGCACUAUGUUUUGCUGUUCUAUGUAUUUCUUUGCACUAUGUAUUCCUUUCUGUUUUGAAAGGAAAAAUCUUUGUUUGCUGUAUUCUUAGAAAAAGUAGAUCUGCUUACUUUAUGCUGGCUUACCUUAUGAUAUUCUGCCACUUUCCUCUAGGCAAUGCUAUCCAAAGAGUUACCCAGUCGUGAGCAAUUUCAUCAAGCUGCAGGGUUUACACACUGAACUAAGAUACGGUAUACACCUAUGUAAACUCUUACGAAAUUAAAAGAACACAAAGCGACAAAGAGAAAUGUCAGACGAGCAAUUGGAAUAUGAGCUAAAGAUGAAAGGAACAUGACCUAAAGCUUUGGCAUCAAAUCUAUUUUUCCUCUCUGUUUAGGGUCUAGAAUGUUUCCGAAUUUUGCAUGCUCCUCUCAUUCCUCAAUCAGUUGGUUAAAUGAAGGCAGAAAAUAUGCUAGGUACUCCUCUGGGAUACAUUCCUAAUUUGCUGUCCAUUCUGCUCAUUAAAACUCUUAAAACUCAACUCCAAGACAAAAUAGGUCCCUGUUUAAAAUUAAAGCUCUUAAGUAUAUCCCUGGACACAUAAAGAUGCUAACCUGUUUUGCUGAUUUGGAUCAGCAAAUGAAAAGAGGAAAAUAUCGCCCAACCUGUACAAGUCAACCAGAUGGGAGACAGUUUUCUCACCCUGGUGACAACAGAUGCUCAAUGGCUGAGGACUUUCCAGAGGUAACUUCUUCCUGCCAUGCCCUCUGUCCAGGUCUGUCCCAGCUUUAUGGACCUGAGAGUAACUGCAAAUGCAGUUGCUAGAAUAAAUUCUCAGCCAUAAAUUAGACAUUUCUCUCAUGCUCAAAAUUUCCUGUUCCCACCAAAAUUCUUAUUACUUGAACAUUGCUGUGCCUCUAGCACUACUGAACACGGAAAGAGACAAGUUAUUUAAUUUUAAUGGAAUAUUUCAUAAAGGAACUGCUCUUUAAAGCCUAUUCUGCUGGCUCAGAAGGCAGGUUUCUCCCAGUACCUGUCUUAUGUCAAUGUCUUGCCAAGGAGAGGGGACUGUAAUGAAAAAAAAUUGAAACUAUUUUUUGAGCUGUUGAAAUGACUACCAAAUUGGCAAGCUAAGCUAGACCACCCCAGGGUAGUUCUCCUCUUAGAGCAUUUGUUUGGAAAAUGAAUUGUAGUUUUAGACUGAAGUCCUAAACAUGCAGAGGUAAAAUACCUGGGGAAAGAUGCUGGUGGCAAUUCAGCAUCUCAGCAGAAUUCCAUAGCAUUUGCCCAGAGUUCACUUGCCACAUGCACACAUUUCUGGGGAAGGUAAUGCAGUGCUCCAUCGGAACACCAAAGCUGGAGCCACACUUGUGGAAACUCCCACCCCAAACCAGCAGUGUAACCCAGGGGUGAGUUUGUCCUCCUAUUUCCAAAAAGAGACGUCUGCCAAGGACGGUAUGGCCUAAGAGGCACACAUUGCUGGCAAACUCUCAAGUUUCAAAAUAGAGCCAGUGCUGCCAGCUGCACAGAUCCCGCUCUUCGCAGGCAACACACAGACAAGGAAAACAAUCAAGUUGUUGGGUGAAAAAAGCGGCUUCCCAGGAUUGCUCUGACCAUGGUGUGAUUGUGAUCAAUGCACAUUGACAGUUUCUUUACCAAACUGAGGAAAACGAAAACCUGUCUCUGAUACAGCCUGAGUGCAUGCAAAGGAGCAGCAAGAUGCUUCACACCAGAGACUCUUCAUCUCUGACUAGCAGCACUUCCUACGAAACACCGCCGCUAUCAGAUCUCCAGCAGCUCCUGUGGCUCAGAGGAGGCUCUGAUAAUCAUGUGGACCAAGUCUGGCCAAAUAUCUACCUGGGAGAUGCGUGGGCUGCUAGGAGCAAAACUACACUUCAAAGCCUCAACAUUACUCAUAUCCUUAAUGCAGCAGAUGGACCAUAUAGCAUCAACACGGGAGCCAAAUAUUAUGCAGAUCUGCAAAUAGAGUACUAUGGAGUAGAAGCAUUUGAUGAUCCUUCCUUCGAUUUAAGUAUCUUCUUCUAUGAUGCUGCCAAUUUCAUAGGCAAGGCCUUAAAUUCUUCAGGAGGUAAGGUGUUUGUUCAUUGUGCCAUGGGAGUGAGCCGCUCAGCAACUUUAGUGCUUGCCUUUCUGAUGAUCCAUGAAAACAUGACACUUGUGGAUGCCCUGAAGACAGUGAGUGCUCACAGAAACAUCUGCCCAAAUUUGGGGUUCCUCAGCCAGCUCCGGGACUUGGACAUUAAACUGAACGAAGAGAGGAAAGGAAGCAGAGCAUCUGCCACCAAAGGCCUGUAAGAGAGUAUUGCUGAAAGAAAGAGGACAAAAUCCUGUUUGAGUUGCCUCUAUCUCUUCUAGAUGAACUGCAUUUAUAAAUUCAGGACACAAGUUUAUGGGACACCAGGACGCAUGCUAUUAAUAAAAGUAGAUUUUGCUUGAUCUUUCCA